CUGGUUUGGACACUCGGUGUUUUUUUAAAUCGUAGCUGACAAUCGUUCAUGAACUCUCUGUCAAAAUUUGUACCAAAAAAAAAACGUCAAUUCAUUGUGUAUUUGCCAGAAACAAUGAGGACCACCAGUGAGUUUGAUUCGUCCUCCGAUGAAGAGGAAGUUUGUGAAGAGCAUCUGACACCUUUCCAGAUCUCCUGGUUGCCCUUGUCCAUAGUGGAUUGUCCUUUGUUUCUUGGAAUAUGUCCUUUGCCAGGGUGCAAAUUCAAAGAUAUCAGAAGAAAUUUACUGAGAGAUGUUGGUGAGCUGCAGAACCAGGGGGUGCAGGAUGUGUUUGUGUUCUGUACCAGAGGAGAGCUCCAUAAGUACCGUGUGCCUAGCCUGCUGGAGACCUACAGGCAGCAGGGGCUCGUGGUGCACCACCUGCCCUUCCCUGACGGGGGCACCCCUGAUCUGCAGCAGUGCUGCCAGAUACUGGAGGGACUGCAAGCCAACCUACACAACAACCGGAAGACUGUCAUCCAUUGUUAUGGAGGUCUGGGUCGCUCUGGACUAAUUGCUGCCUGUCUGCUGCUUCAACUGUCCGUCUCCAUGACUCCCAACAAAGCCAUCGAGAUCCUAAGAGAGCACAGAGGGGGUGGGGCCAUUCAAACAGUCAAGCAAUACAACUUCCUGCAUGAGUUCCGGGAAAAAUACUCUGCCUACCAAGAAACCAAGGCAGUCUCAACAGAGCGAUCGGUGUCGCGGUGAUACCAUUCCCCUUCAACUGAACUCUGUCCUUUUAAAAUUAAUUGGGAGUAAUAAAAGCAUUGAAUAUUAACCGCUCUCAAGAAGAUGGUUUGACAAGAUUGUAUGUGUUCUCUUAUAGCACUUUUUU